AUGGAGUUUCUAGAGAUGCAGAGCAUACAUCUGCCUGGCCUUAGCCCAUUGGCAGUCAAUGCUGCGAGCAGCAUAUUCGGUUUGAUAUCGAUUUUCUUUUUCUACAAGGCCUUGGUCGCGAAGAAGCUGGCUUCUUCUCCAGCAAAGAUCCUGAAGACCAUCUUCAGGCCUGUCACCAAGCGGUACAAAGCAUGGGCAUAUCUCUUCUGGGGUCCUGAGAUCAUCCAGAAAGCGUUUGAUGAGGCGAAGGGAAAACCAUUCGAGCUCUUCGCCCCGGACAAUCGCUAUGUCUUCGUCUCUGAUCCUCAGCAAAUCAAGGAGCUAGACAAUGCGCCAGACACGGUGUUGUCCCUCCAAGCAGCAUCGAAGCAGAUGCUACAGCCCAUGUAUACUAUGCACGGCUUCAACUGGUUUGACCGGCGUGGUACUGAGGGUGUUGGAUUCAUCCGCGCCCUUCGCACGCUUUUGACCAACAACCUGCCUAAGAUCCUUCCUGAUCUCACUUGCAUCAUCCGCACUAGGUUCCAGGAGCUUCAUGCCACACACCCAGUCAUCAAUGGAAAGAAGCAGUCGGACGUAUAUCACAUGACUGUGAAGCUCGUUGUCCUAUCCAAUGCAGUGUCUUUCUUCGGAAAAGAUCUGGCAAAGGAUGAGCAAUUCAUGGUCUCCGCCCUCGCAUACAUCGAGGAGACCCUGAUCUGUGCUGAGAUUGUCCGCCUGCUACCUGGGUUCAUGGCUCCCAUCGUCGGUGGUAUCAUUGCCCGUACACUCAAGUCACAUGCCACAAUCUUCAACAGGCUUCUACCAAUCGCACAAGAGCGAUGCAUUGAGCGAGAUGCAGCUAAACUGGGCCAAAAGGUCCCUCAACACGCCGACUGCAUCCAAUGGAUCAUGGAGACCUCACCCAAGAAUGCGCCAUGGACACCUCAGCGUGUUGUUCACGAACUGAUGGCGAUUUGGUUCGGUUCUGUUCAUGCCGUCUCUACCACUGUGACCUUUGCUAUUCACGACCUUUGCUUACAUCCCGAAUAUGCGGAGCCGCUGCGAAAGGAGUGCGAGUCUCAAUAUGCCGCUUUUGAACAGAGUGGUGUAGGACUUCCUCUUCUUGACAGCUUCAUCAAGGAGUCUGCGCGUCUGACACCAGUCGAGUCACAAAGUACACGUCGUUCAGCACUACAACCCUUCUCGCUCAAAGACGGCACCCACGUCAACGUCGGAGACUGGUUCUGCACGCCCGUUCGAGCCAUCAUGACGAACCCUGUCGAUUACCCCGAGGCAACAACCUUCAGUGGUUUCCGCUUCGCCGACCCGCAGCUCGUCAAGAGUCUCGAAAAUGCUAAUGGCGCUUUCAAUAUCAUGCAGAAGAAGCCUACAAAGCUGACUGACUUUGACAUGACUUUCCAUGUCUGGGGAACCGGAAGAAUGGCCUGCCCAGGAAGAUACUAUGCCUCGGCUGUUAUGAAGGUCAUUCUUGGCCAAGUGAUCCUCAACUACGACUGUGAGCUUGUCGACCCGACGGCGAAGCGCUUGUUCACUUGGAGAUCGACCAUCCUGCCCAAGCCUAGUGCCAAGGUCGUUUUCACUCCGAUAGGUGAUGCGAACUAG